AUGGAGUUUGUGUCGCGACAGCUGCACAUCCCCACGGACGUGCUGCGCGAGCUGCCGCGCACGGCGCGCGCACAGCGCGAGCUGGAAGCGUUCACGCAGCGGUUGCAAAGAUUCAACGUGGCCAGGCCGCCGCCGAGGACGGCGGGAGGGCGGGCCGGCACGGGCUCGGUGCCGCAGAGCCCGGUGGAUAGAAGGUACACCGAGCCCAGGCCGCCCGAGACAGACCCGGCAGGGUACGUCAGACGGGCGUACGGGUUUGACGACGGCAGGUUGCCAGAAAUGGGAGAUCUGAAUUUGCCGGCGGCUGUGCCGAGCCAUGUGCAAGGGCCGGGGCUCGCGCAUGCUGUGCACGCGCGGCUGUCGGCCAUGCAACCGGUAGUUGGCUUGCCGCCGGGAAUGGGCAUGCAGCCGGUGAUGUCGGGCUUGCAGCCGGGGUAUCCGCAGUAUCAACAGCAGCAGCCUGCGGCGUAUAUGGGGGUCUAUGGGGGGGUUCCAACGGCGGGGUAUCAAACAGCACCGGCGGCGUAUCAGGGAGCGCCGAUGGGAGGGUAUCCAGGUGCGGCGCCCGCGCCGCCGAUCCAGGCUGCGUACAUGCACCCGCAGCAGCAUGGGACGGCAACAGCAAGCAUGGAUACGAGGGGUAGCUACGUGACUCAGCCCCGGUAUUAGGAGCAGUGUGAAGCUCGAAGUUGGAUUGUAAAGAUGGGUGUUGAUUUCCGAGCAUCACCUGCGUGCGUUGUAGU